UUUUAAGUUUAUAUGAGCCCACACACUCUUCUUCUACCAUUACUGCUUCUUUAUAAAAACAACACACUGGACACUAACAAAUCUUCAGAUCUGAAUCAAACCUACCAAAGAAAGAAGAGGAAGGAAUGAUGAUUUGUGAGAGAGAUGACUUCAGUCUCACUGGGCCAUUACACCUAACAUCUAUAGAUUGGGCUAAUGAACAUCAUCGACGAUCUGUAGCUGCUUCAUUGGUUCAAGGAAUCUAUGUAGCUGAGCGUGACCGUCAGCUACAAAGGAUAGGUCCUGAUUUAGCUCUAUCUCCAAUAUGGUCUGAGUUUUUCCAUUUCCGCCUUCUUCGGAAGCUUGUGGAUGAUGCUGAUAACUCCAUAUUCGGAGGUAUCUAUGAGUAUAAACCACCGCAACCUCCCUCUCAUACUGUCAAAUCCAUGGAAAUGAGUCCCCGUUUUGUGAUUGCCUUCAGAGGAACAGUUACAAAAGCGGACUCUAUUUCCCGUGACAUCGAGUUAGACAUUCAUGUUAUCAGAAACGGGCUUCACACGACGACAAGGUUUGAGAUAGCUAUCCAAGCAGUGAGAAACAUAGUUGCUUCGGUUGGUAGUGGUUCUAAUGUGUGGCUUGCUGGUCAUUCUCUUGGUGCAUCCAUGGCAUUGCUUACCGGGAAAACAACAGCUCGAACCGGAGUUUUUCCUGAGUGUUUCGCUUUCAAUCCACCGUUUUUGUCAGCCCCUAUCGAAAGAAUCAAGGAUAAGAGGAUCAAACACGGGAUACGCAUCGCAGGCAGUGUGAUCACAGCUGGACUAGCUCUAGCCAAAAAAGCCACUCAGCAAUACAACCAAAACCACCGUGCAUUACCCGCACCACCCGACCCAUUUGCCACCUUAUCUGACUGGUUCCCGCGGCUGUACGUCAACCCUGGAGACCACUUGUGCUCAGAGUACAUCGGUUACUUCGAGCACCGGAACAAGAUGGAAGAAAUAGGAAUCGGGUUUGUUGAGCGGGUAGCUACGCAGCACUCGUUGGGAGGUAUGCUGUUAGGAGGACAAGAGCCAAUACAUCUGAUGCCCUCUUCGGUUUUAACUGUGAACUUAACCUCGUCAAGAGACUUUAAACAAGCUCAUGGGAUUCAUCAGUGGUGGGGAGAAGAUCAGAACUUUGAAACCAAAGUAUACCAAUACAAUUGAUUCGUAUUAAUUUUAAAACCGGUUUAUGUCAACCGGAAUUAGCCGGUUCAGUAUGUUGUCAGUUGUGUGUAGCUUAUAAAAAUAAAGUCUCUCUUUAUAUAUUAGGCGACGACGUUUUAUUCA